ACGAUUCUGCAUUGAAAGGAGAAUGCGGUCGCUAUAUGACUGACAAUGAAGGCCUUCGGUAGACUCAGGACGAGUUGCUUGGGAUGUUGAAGAAGAAGGAGGCAGAAAUGAUUGCGUUGAGGAGUGCAUUCGCAAAAAUUGAGGUGAAUGCACGAUCAGUGCUUGAAAGUUUCCUGGAAAGGAAACGAAGUGAAGAGGUGAGAGAUUGGUCUUUGUCCGGUAGUGUGGAUGCGAAGAAGGAGGAGAAUGUUGGCGAGGACAUUGCCAGCCAACUUACAUCUUUAAUCCAAUCCUCCAUUAGAAAUGACUUGCUUGACCAAGUUGUUGAGCUUAGUACUAAAGUUGAUCCGCAUGUGUCCCAAGAGUGUGAGUAUUUGCGUCUACGCUGUGAAACAACCGAGAGUGGAUUGAGAAAAUUGUUGUCGGCGGGUGCCUUGCCAUCGAUUGAUCCUUCUUUUGCAUUAGAGGUGUUUGAGCUUCCAUUAGGUCGAACUUUAGAAGAGCUUCCGAAAAAUUGUUUGAUUGGUAUGUUGCAAUCAUUGCGAAGAGUUGGUGUGGAGCUUGCACAUAGAAAUGCAGUUUUUGAGGUGCAAAAUACAAUGAGGUUUCCGGUAAGCGAUAGCCAGUUGAGAGCGAGAGUUGUUACUCUCGGACAAUUGUACAAGGAGGCACGAGAAGAGUUAAUGGACGCUAUGUUUCAACAUAGUUUCUCGGAUCAGUGCGGUGAGGGACUGACGGAUGGCAUGAUGGCGAGUUACAAGGAACAGUUGUAUAGCCUCAUAAUUUUGUUAGCAAAUAUCAUUGGUGCCCAUUCGCAGUUGACUAUUACCGGAUGUGCUUUCACGAGAGUGUCAUGUGCGGCUUCUUUAAACAAAAGUAGGAAACUUGUGGAUAAAGUUGUGCAUGUAUCACGGAACGAGUUGCAUGACAAUGGAGACUUUGUCAAAGGUCGCCAAGGUGUGAGUGCCUUGGUCGAGGAGUGGAAAGACGAGCGGCCAGAAUUCGAGAAACAUGAAGAUUGGAAACGUCAGUUGAAAACAAGUCGUCUGGACUACUGGGAGAAACAGUUAGACAUGUUCAAUAAGCUGGAACAGGAAAAAACCUCACAACCCGCUCCGUUGUCAACUCCGUUCUGGCCAACCCCGAUGACGGGAAGCGUAAAUGAGGUGAAGAUGGAACUUCCUAUUGUUGAUUCACCGCCGAGGAAGCAAUGUUUCGUAGGUUAUAAGAGUGAUACCCCGAAACCGGAGUUCGACCCGGCAAAGCAUGUUGAUAUCGGUUCUUUCGUAGUGAUGCGCGCUCCAGACGAGAAUGCGGACAAAGGAGUUAGUUUUUGGGUAGGACGUUUGCAAGAGAAAUCUGAGGACUCUGAGCAAAUUCUCGUAGAGUAUUGGAGGCCACAGGGCAAAGAGACCGAUAUGUGUAAGUUGAUGAAUGUCAACCACAAUGCAUCGCACAACAACGCAUCAUCGACUGACACUUCAUCACAAGGCAACAAUUCAAAUACACCGGCCUUGGAUCUUAUAAUAUUCGACAAAAAUAUAUGGAAACAUGAUAUCGUCGGCAUAGACUCUCGUUAUUUGCACCUUGUCCGAAAUGUCGCGCCGGACGGUGAAAUCCCCAUGUCUUGGGUCAUGGGAGGCAACAACAUACAACUUCAUCGCGACGACAGCAAAGACUUCUGGUACUUGUACUCGUUGGAGCAAGAAGUCGAUGUGGAGCCCGACGCCGAGGAUAGUACUGAAGACCCUGUUACACCAACGGAGAUGAUUGAUGUGUGGAAAACAUUGUGUAUAAAGCAGCAAUGGUCAGAGCGGGACAGGAAACACGCCAAACAAUGUGCUUGGUUUUGCCUCGGAAAACCGCACCUGCCGUUCCCGAUCUUUGUAGAUUUCUAUGGUCGAAUCCGGGUGUUGAAUCGUAACACCACCAUUGUGACACUUUUCACAGCGGCCAAGGUGAACGAUAAAAAAAUCAAUACGUUCUUCCUUGCUAGAGAGGAGUUUCACAAUAUCACACUUACAUCUCAGGAAGCAUUUAACGACCCUACACUCGCUGGAUCGCUUGGGCGCUUCAAAACUCGAAUAUCUCAUGAUCAUGCUCUAAGGAAAGAGCUCGACAUGAGGAUAGGAUGCUUAGUGCACAGUCAGGUUCAUUAUCUAUUUGACAAUUAUGAUGAGAUAUCGUGCACCGUCGAAUAUCGAGAUGACACGUUGGACUUGGAGGGGGUAGGAGGAGCGGAGGAGGGGAGGGGAGGAGCGGAGGAGUGGGGAGGAGCGGAGGAGUGGGGAGUAGAGGAGUGUGGAGGAGCAACGCAGGGGGAGUCGGGGAGGAGUGGAGGAGCGACGGAGUCACGAGGAGCAGCGGAGGGCAUAGGAGCGGGGGAAGGGAAGGAGCGGAGGAGUGCGAGGAGCGACGGAGGGGGGAGGAACAACGGAGGGGGUAGGAACGGGGUUGGGGGGAGGAGCGGCGGACGGGAGACGAGCAGCAGAGAGCGAGCGGUGGAGGGGGAAGGAGCAACGGAGAGGGAGGAGCGGCGAAGGGGAGAGGACGAGUGCAGGGUCAGGAGUCGGGAGGAGCAGCGGAGGGGGAGGAGUGGAGGAGGAGCGGAGGAGUGCGGAGUUGGGGGGAGGAGUGGUGGAGGGGGGAGGAGCAGUGGAGGGGGAGGAUCGGCGGAGGGGGGAGGAGCAGCAGAGGGGGAGGAGCGGAGGAGGAGCCGCGGAGCGAAGAGGAGUCGCGGAAGGGGGAGAAGCAGAGGCAACUGACGUGCAGUUGCCUCCACUUAUCUGUAUGACUUCCAAAAACAUAGUUUUCCUUAUGCGAAGAAAAUAUGCAACUUGGAUGUAUUGGCAAUA